AUGAAGGCUAUCGUCGCUCUUGCUCUCGCGGCACUUGCCUCAGCUCACGCCAUCUCUCUGGCCGACGACACCCAGGCCCUUCGCAGAAGAGACUUCCAGCCCGUGGACUUGAACUUCCAAGCUGGGCCUGUUACUUAUGACUUGAAAUUUGUCGCAGAUGGACAGGAACAUUUCACCAAUAACGACCUGAACGUCAACUUGAUCACUGCUCCUGACUUUGAUGCUUAUCACCUCUGUACCUUCAAGACAGCAGGCGGUGAGGUUACACUCGCACCGUCGUUGACAAAGCGGCCCGGAGACUUUUGGCCUGUCAACCAGAUUGCAGUCGGGCCUCCCCAGAAAAUCAUAUCUGUCACCUGCAGCGGAACCUGCGUCACUGUUUAUGGGGAGUGUUAUAACUCUACCACUGGGCAGGAGACUAGACUGGGCACGUAA